AUGACAGAGCAAGAGAUUCUCCGCAAGCUUUCCGAUGUAGAUACACUUGUGGCUUGCGAUAACGAGGAUAGUCCUUUCUCGGUUUUUCGAGCGGAACUGACAUCGGAUAUCCGGGAAGAGACAACCCCCCAAACUGAACAGAUCACCAACACAGAGGCUCGACUGAGCGAAAAUAUCGAUGAUGUGGACGAAUACUGUGGGGUAUCAGACAAAUUGGGAUACAAACCGGGUGAUUUGUCUAUACGGAAUUGGGAUGCAGCUCAUCUUGCAAGGACUCCAGAGGCUAUAGAGAAUGCUUCAACUUUGGAUCCCGGUCUUGACUUCUGGACAAGCAUUCCAUAUCAAUUUGGAGAUGCACUGAGUCUAGAAAAGAAUGCCCCUGUCAGAGAAAAUCAGGAAGAUCUACCCCCGUCUGCCGCCCGCUUGCCAGAGAAUGGAGCUAGAUCCCUAUUUCCCACUUCUCACAGCCUAAGUGUUUCUACUCUUUCGCGAUCGGCAUCACCGGAGAUGAUUGAAGAGACCCAAUUAUCUCAUCCACUUGGAACCUUAUCUCUGAUCUCUGGUAUAUCAUUUUGUGCAGAGAGCUCUUUGAUUGAGCACUACGCUAGAUGUGUCGUUCAUUUGAUGCAACCGGUAUUGCACAGAGAGAACCCAUUUCAAACGCUAUACCUUCCGCUCGCUGUCAGGGGCCUAUCCGAACUAAAGAUUGUCCGUAAUUCAGCAUCCAAGCCAUCUGCCAGGGUUUCAAUCGCCCACAGUCUGCUAUGUGCUGCGGCUAUUUAUAUGGAGGGCCACGACAAUGAGCAACAGGGUCUUCAGCAGCUCAUACAUCAUCACAGGCAUCAGGCCCUUGUUGCGCUUCGAACUGCUCUUACUGCGAGAACGGAUGCGUAUAAAGAUGUCAUGACAGCAAUACUGUCCUUGGUCUCAGCCGACAUUCUCGAUGGUGGCGAUCAUGACCAUUGGCUCCAUUUGAACGCAGCCACAAGAUAUCAAAUCUCGCGGCAUGGUGCGACUUUAGUUAGUCGAGAGACUCGUCGGCUGAACACCAUCUGCACUAUGCUUCGCUUGUUCUCUCUGACUACACUAGCAGAUCCAACACCCGCUGAAUGGACUGGAAGCAAUGGGACAUUGGAGAUAGACAAACAGCAAUAUUCGGACUCUAGUAUCGAAUAUCUUUACGGCAUCACUUCCACGAUCACGGCAUCGAUUGCAAAGAUCUAUCGCUUAACACAGCAUCUAGCCUUUUAUAAAGCCCAACCAUAUCCAGAAGCUCUACUCAGGGCCUGUGAGAGGUUAGGCGAUGAACUAUUCUCAUACAGAAUAUCCUCCGAGACCUUCUCCGCCCUUAAGACCGAUGGAGCAGAUGCGUUGCGUCUUGGGCAAGCUCAAGCGAAAGCUUUCCAUUACGCAUCUCGCAUUUAUUACUUUCGGUCGAUACAAAAGUGCCCGCGGGAGGCUCUUCAAUUGGAGCAACAGGAAACACUGGCAGCUAUGGAAGAAGCAGAGAAUAUCAAGGCUGUCUCUGUAAAGAGCAAAUCGGCGCCUGCGCCAAUCACCUGGCCAGCCUUUGUGGCCUCCUGCGAAGCCACGGGCGAAUAUCGCAUGUUAUGGGACAAUUGGUGGAAGAGGGUGGAAAGAUAUCAAAUGAAGAAUUUUGCUAAGCAGCGAAUGAUUCUCCAAUUGGUUUGGGCUGAACUUGACAAGAGCAUGGUUGAUGUUGAUUGGAGGGAGACGCUUGCACUCGGGAAUUUGAGGGUGAUUCCUGUUUGA